GGAUUUGGUUGCGGCAAAUUUACAAGUGUUGCUACUAUGUUGGCUCCCCAAAGUCAUUCUGGCUUUUAUAAAACUACGGUAACCAAAUGUUUUCUGGCAUUCAGUGUGAUAUUUUCCUUCAUCCUAUUAAUGCCAUUUUCAAAACGGAAAGAUAUAUUUACCUAUAAUUUAGAUGAUAUUUUCGAAAAUGGAUCGAUAUGGAAAUUAGCACUUUGCCAACUACCUUUUCUUAGUACAAAAGAUCUCGUAUGCGGUGGAUUACUGUUGUACUAUUUUCGAAUAUUUGAACGACGCUAUGGAUCAAGAAAAUUUCUGUCAUUCCUAUUUUAUUGUGCUGCAACGACAACAUUCGUCGAACUGUUGAUGGCUUUUAUUUUGAGGAAAUUAAACUUUUCACUUCAUAUACUUCCUUCUGGACCAUUUAAUUUGAUUUUCCCACUUUUUGUGCCCUAUUUUCUGGACAUUCCAUGGGUCCCCGUCGCACAUGUGAUGAGGAUCCCAAUAACUGGAAAAUCAUUUCCAUACAUAUUUGGAUUUGAAAUUGCUAUGACAUCUCCGGAAUCUUUAUUUGUUUGUAUAUGCGGUUUGAUCACUGGUUUUACCUACUAUAAAAAUUUUUUAAACGUUCAAUCAAGACUACUAUUUCCUAAACGAGUUAUUCAAUUUGGUUCAAAAGUGAUUGGUCCAGUGUUAGAAACUCCAGCACCGAAAUAUAUAAAUAAACCAUUAGGUGCAACACUAGAAGUACAACGUCAAGUUGAAUUGGAUCGGAGAGAAAUAAGUUUAAUUGAAGCAACUAGACGUAUGCGUAGUAGAGAUUUGCCAUUCAAUAUGAGUCGUGUAUUGGUCGGUAAUCAAUAGUGAUAUUAUUUAUUUAUGAACAGAAAUAACUUUUAAAACUGUGAUGUUUCAUUGUAUUUUGUUUGCUUCUGCAACCAAUGAUUGUUCUAUUUUUCAAUGACAAUAUUGUAUUAAAUGUCAAACACAAUUUGGAAAUGUCUAUUUUUACUAAUAAAUUAUAAACUCAACAAAUACACACAUGUAUCACAUCAUUUUACCAAUAACUCAUGUAUGCAUCACAAAAAUUGCUCUUCAACAUUAUCUUCUGCAUUUAUUAUUGUAAAUGUUGAGGUUGUUUUUGUUUAUGUAUUGUAUGUUUGUUGCCUCUCUGUUUCUAAUAUGCGUUUGACUUUAACGUGUAAAACUUGCAGUUUCAAUUCUCUUUAUGCAUCUUCCGCUCAGCACAAAUGCAUAUUCAUCAGUCAAAGUCAUCGUGGGACGAGUCGAAAUGAAUAUGCAUCAAAUUAAUCUAUCCAUUUGACAAGUCUCACUUAAAUGUGACUCUCUUUAACGUUCCCAAUCAAUAUACCAAUCUUUACUCGUUAUUAAUUUGACUCACAGUUGAUUGGAUUUAUUGCAUUUGUAAUAGGUGUAUACAUGGGAUCAAUGUAUGAUCUAUUCAGUUUAGACAGAAAUAGUAUUUCAUAUGUAUCUAGUUUAUUGUCGAUUACAAAGAAGUAUAAGUUAACAGUGGAAUUCUCUGUUCAAUAAUCAUUGAGAAUCCAUUCUUCGUUUUUUGUAUACAAUGUUAUUGCCUUCUCCAUUCUCGUUCAUUUUAAUACCCCUACUCCUCCUUUUGAUGUUGCUUCUUAAAUUAUGACAAGUUAAAUUUAUGUAUUUAUCCCACAAUGUUUGUUUCAUUAACUCAUUUUUUCUACAUCCUGUUAAUCCCGGUUUUCAUACAUAAAGAUUUUCUUUUAGUUUGUAUACUUCAUAAUGGAUGUAAAGUAUUAUCAUUUAUAUGUAGCUACAAGUAUACAUUAUGAUUUAUUCAGAUCAAAAUAUUCACACAAUAACUUGAAGUCGUGUAUGUUUGAAACUAUUUCUGACUGCCAAGAAUAAGUCACUUAUAAUCCACUUUGAUAAUUAUAAGUAGUUACGCAG